AAUUGCAAACUUAGUGCUUGGACAGUGCAAACUGAGUUGCAAUGACCACCUCACAGACUCAUUUGAUUUUGGAGAACUAUAUCGGCGGCCAGUUUGUACCAUGUUCCUCAUAUCUAGAUUCUUAUGACCCAUCUACUGGUGAGGUAUAUUGCAAAGUGCCAGAUAGUGGCAGAGAAGAGGUGGAAGCUGCUGUCAAAUCUGCCCAAAAUGCCUUCCCAGGAUGGUCUGCCAAAAGUCCCCAGGAAAGGUCAAAAAUAAUGAGCAAGCUAGCAGAUCUUAUUGAAGAAAACUUGGAGUUAUUUGCACAAGCAGAAUCAAAAGAUCAAGGGAAAACCAUUUCAUUUGCCAGAACAGUGGACAUACCCCGAGCAAUAUACAAUUUUCGCUUUUUUUCAUCAUCUAUCCUUCAUCAGACAACAGAAUGUACACAGAUGGAUCACAUGGGCUGCAUGCAUUAUACUGAAAGAUCACCAGUGGGAAUUGCUGGCUUAAUUAGUCCUUGGAAUUUGCCACUUUACUUACUGACCUGGAAAAUUGCCCCUGCUGUCACGUGUGGAAACACUGUAAUUGCCAAACCGAGUGAAAUGACAUCUGUCACAGCCUGGAUGUUGUGCAAGCUUCUGAAUAAAGCAGGUUUUCCUCCGGGUGUGGUGAAUAUUGUGUUUGGAAGUGGGCCCAAAGCUGGAGAUGCUCUUGUUUCCCAUCCGGAGGUCUCUCUGAUUUCCUUCACUGGGAGCACACUUACUGGCCAGCAAAUCAUCCAAAGGUCUAGUUUGUACUGUAAGAAGCUUUCCUUGGAGCUAGGAGGCAAAAACCCAGCUAUCAUUUUUGAGGAUGCCAACUUGGAUCAAUGCAUUCCUGCCACUGUAAAAUCCAGUUUUGCUAACCAGGGUGAAAUAUGCUUAUGUACCAGCAGAAUCUUUGUUCAGAAGAGCAUUUCCAAAGAAUUCUUGAGAAGGUUUGUGGAAGCUGUUAGAAAAUGGAAGGUUGGAAAUCCUUCAGAUCCCACAAUUGAUAUGGGAGCAUUGAUAAGUAAAGAUCAUUUAGCAAAGGUAAAGAACUAUAUCCAACAGGCUCGGACAGAAGGGGCCAAGAUCCUUUGUGGAGAGGGAAUAGAUUCAUUGGAUCUUCCUUCAAGAAACCAGAAAGGCUAUUUCUUGCCUCCAACAGUCAUCACUGAAAUUGGUGAUGAUUCAUGCUGCAUUCAGGAUGAGAUCUUUGGUCCUGUAACUUGUGUAAUGGUGUUUGACACAGAAGAGGAAGUGAUUAGGAGAGCUAAUGGAGUCAAAUAUGGCCUGGCAGCCACGGUCUGGUCAAACAACGUAGGCCGGAUUCAUCGUGUUGCUAAGAGACUCCAGUCUGGAUUGGUGUGGACCAAUUGUUGGCUUAUCAGAGAUCUGAAUUUGCCCUUUGGGGGAAUGAAGGCCUCUGGGAUAGGUAGAGAGGGAGCUAAGGAUUCCUAUGAAUUUUUCACUGAGGUGAAAACAAUUACCAUAAAAUAUACUGAUGUGAACUGAUAGGAAGAAAUUCAUGCCAUAAUACUGUGUCUGUUGCUUUGUCUCUCUUGAUAUAGUAAGAAAGGUUUGGCCAAGGUUUAUUCAUGCAUGUCUGCUAAGUGUACUAGAGAAAGGGGCACAUGAAAAUAAUCAUAUUAGAGCUUGCAGCUGGAAAAGGUAUGGCAGAGUCUGUCAUUAGCUCUGGGUUAACUUCAAAAGAGCUGAUGAGUUUAUCUGGCUUAGUGUGCUGUUUCCACAACAGCCAGCCAGAUGCUGAUGGGAACGCACAAGCAAGACACCCUCCUCCUCACUUGUAUUCCUCAACAACUGCUUUGGGAACCAUACUGUCUUUGAAAAGGAAGCUGAAAUAUGGUUGCCAUGACUAGCAGCCAUAAACAGGAUUCUCCUCCAUGAAAUUGUCUAAAUCUUUUAAACCUUUCCAAGUUGGCAGCUGCCAUUACAUCCUGUGGUAAAGAAUUCCAUAGAUUAACUAUGUGCUAUGUGUUGAAGGACUUCCUUUUGUUGUUGUUGUUGUUGUUUAGUCGUUAAGUCGUGUCCGACUCUUCGUGAC